GCGCCUUAAGCGUGCCGGAGUUUCUAAACUCUGUUGGGUCCAGGCCUGCACCCGGCUGACUGAGGUUCCCCCAGCGGCUAAGGCAGCUUUUCCGGGCGGAGCGGCCCCGACGCACCCAUGGGCCUGGGUCCAGGUUCCCCCCACAAACAGGGGCGCCGGUUCCCAGCUGGCGGAAAACGAGGGCGCGGGGCCAAGGGCGCCGGGCGCCCCCCACCAGGCCGCCAGCGACAUCCCUGCCCGCCUCCGGAUGGGCGCUCGGAACUGGCCCCAGAUGAGCACCCUCACCUGAGCCCAGAAGCUCUGGGGUAUUUCCGCCGGGCGCUGUCCGCGCUGAAAGAGGCCCCUGAGACGGGAGAAGAACGAGAGCUGAUGGUGCACAAUGUUUUGAAAGAAGCGGAGGCUCAGGCCCUAGGCUUGGCCACAAACCGGAGUGGCAGUGAGAUGCUACAGGAACUGUUGGGGUUCAGUCCCCGGAAGCCGUUGUGUCGAGUAUGGGCCGCUCUGCACUCCAAUUUGCGCUUUGUGGCCUGUCAUCGAUGUGGGGUCCACGUUUUGCAAAGCGCUUUGCUGCAGCUGCCUCGAUUGCUAGGGAGCCCUGCAGAGGAGGAAGAGGAGGAGGAGGAGGAUGGGAAGGAUGGUCAUGUGGAGACCCUGGAGGAGCUGGUCCUGGGACUAGCUGCUGAGGUCUGUGAUGAUUUUCUUUUCUAUUGUGGAGACACACAUGGCAGCUUCGUGGUCAGAACUUUGCUGCAGGUAUUGGGAGGGACUCUUCUGGAGUCUGAGAGAGCCAGGCACCGAGGCUCCCAGUCACCUGAAGCACAAAAGGCCCCAUCUCGGGAAUGUAAGGCAACUGAUUUUGAGGUCCCUGAAACCUUCUUGAAUUGCCUUCAGAACCUGAGCUCCUGCUUUCUAAAGGACAUUGCUGUGUUUAUCACUGACAAGAUAUCCAGCUUCUGCCUUCAAGUGGCCUUACAGAUCUUACACAGCAAGCUGCCCCAGUUUUGUGCCCACCUCUGCAAUGCUGUGAUUGGCUAUCUGAGUAGCCGGAAUUCCUCAGCAGAUGGCAGCCCCCUAUUGCUGUUUCUGCGAGAUCAGACAAGCUCCAGGCUCCUGGAGCAGGUGCUGCUAGUGUCAGAGCCUCCAAAGCUCCAGAGCCUCUUUGAAGAUCACCUCCAAGGGCAGCUGCAGGCCUUGGCUGCACAUUCUAUUGCCAACUUCCCUUUGCAGCGUUUCCUGGAUGCUAUCACCACCCCUGAGCUGCUGUCCCCUGUGUUUGAGGAGCUGAGCCCCGCCCUGGAAGCUGUGCUGGCCCAGGGUCACCCAGGGGUAGUCAUUGCCCUGGUUGGCGCCUGCCGCAGAGUUGGGACCCACCAAGCCCAGGUCCUGCAGCUGUUGUUGGAGGCAUUCCACUGUGCAGAGCCCUCUUCCCGGCAAGUGGCCUGUGUGCCCCUCUUUGCCGCUUUGAUGGCUUAUGAGGUGUACUAUGGACUGGAGGAGGAGGAGGGGGCAGUGCCCAUGGAGCACCAGGUGGAAAUGGCCACCGCCAGGGAGCUGGGGGAGGUCACAGUUCUUGGGUCUCUCCUGCUCCAGCAUCUGCUGCAUUUCUCCAGCCCUUGUCUCAUACUUGGAAGUCUCGGUGCCUUGACAGGACCACAGCUUCUGACUCUGGCCCGAAGCCCUGCUGGUUCCCAUGUGCUUGAUGCCGUCCUCUCCAGCCCCUCCGUGACACGCAAGCAGCGCCGCCGCGUGCUGCAGACCCUAAAGGGACAUUAUGUGACUCUGGCCUGUAGUCGCCAUGGCAGCCGUGUGCUAGAUGCUGUCUGGAGCGGAGCAGCCUUGGGGGCCCGGAAGGAAAUUGCUGCUGAGCUGGGGGAGCGGAACCAGGAGCUGAUAAGAGACCCUUUUGGCCACCACGUGGCUCGAAACGUGGCCCUGACGACCUUCCUGAAGCGUCGAGAGGCUUGGGAGCGGGAGCAGGGGGCGGUGGCCAAGCGGAGGCGGGCCUUGAACUCCAUACUUGAAGACUGAGGGCUUGGGAUCUGGGACUGGGUGUUGAUGGGGGGUGGGGAGAGGAAGUAUCUAUCCUGCCCUGUUCUAGUUUAAAUGGGAGUCAAAUGUCUUACCGAUAAACAUUUUUAUAUUUUUAUUGGAAA